AUGUUUCCGGCCAACCACAAGACCCUUUUUGUUUUGGAUCACACCCCAUACUUUGGAAUAUCCUGUGAGAAUCCAAUCGAAUUUGAAUUCUUGAAGGGGAGAACCGGCUUUAUGCCACCUAUUUCGAAGACUCUAUGGACAUCGAGCAUUGAAAGUGCCGUAGAGUAUUCCAGAAUAGUAUGGGAUUUAUUUCCCACAGGAAAACUGAUAAGGUUCUUUGCAAGUGACAACGUCGCCCAUAUUCUGAAUACAUGGAGCUCGUCUCAGCAAUCAAUAAGUCAUAUUAUGAAUGGAUGCGCCCUUAUUGGAGUCCCACCCUUGCCAUCCUCGGUAAGCCCCCCUCCAGAUUAUACUGUAUUACAUGGUUUGAGGGCUGCUAUAGAAAGCAUGUGUGAGCCUACAGAAUUUCAAAUUGAAAAAAUUAAAACUGAUAGGGGUAAAAUACUCAAUAGGUGUAGAGUGAUUUGUAUCACCUCUGCUAGAGAUAAUGAAAGUAUGAAGAGAUUGGAAGAGAUUUUUUUGACAGUAUUAAGUCAGCAAAAUAAAGUUGUAUCUGGCAGUGAUACUUUACUACGAAUAAGCCAUUGUCAUCUGGUUAUUAUUAAUACUUUUCCCAUAAAUAUGGAAUCUUCAGUGAAUAAUCAUCCACCUAUAAAUCUCUCGCCAUUGUUAACAACAGAAGUCCAUUCAAUCAAAGCUCCUCAAAUACCUAAUAAAUUGGCAUCAUUGAUUUUGGAACAUUACGAUUUGGCUAGUACUACCGUUACAGGCAUUCCAAUGAAAGAAGAACAAAACGCAAGCUCUUCAGCUAAUUAUGAUGUUGAAAUUUUCCACUCCAGUACAGCUCAUACGGCUAUUUUGAAAGGGAACCCUUUGGAUUCCGCAGCUAUUAGAACCAUGAAAGAAGGGUUGGAAUAUGAAACGGUCACCCUUAAAUGGUGUACACCAAGAGGAGUAACAGGCAACGAGUUACAUAACUGCAUCGCCAUGAAUCGAAUCACACCUGUUGACGUCAAUUCCAGACCAUCCCUAUGCUUAAUAAAUUUUCUUCUAAAUGGUCGUUCAGUUAUGUUGGAAAUGCCUCGAAAAGCUGGCGGCAAAAUUACCAGUCACUUGUUGGCAGCUCAUGGAGGGGAGAUUUUUAUACAUAGUUUGCACAGUGCAAGAUCAGUCUUGGAGGAACCUCCAUCCAUAUCAGAAGGUUGCGGCGGUAGAGUUACUGAUUAUAGAAUCCAAGAUUUUGGAUUGCUAAUAAAGCAAAAUACACUUGUGGCUCUUACCAAUAAAAAUUCAUAUGAAAAACCUUUGAACAAAAUUAUGGAACGCCUAAAUCGCCAAACAAAAUUUUGGCCCUUAACAAUCAGCUCAACACUGAUUUUUAACUUAAAACAGUAUAUUGAUCCAUUGCCAGCUUUAUUCGUCAAGGAAACACUCACUGAGGAAGAGGUGUUUAUUUGCAGAAAUGUAAUUUUCAAUUUAAUUGGGUUGGAAUCGAAAAUGGAACCAUUACAGGCACAAAAUCCUGGACAAAGAGUGAAAGGCCAAAAAAGGGACGACCAAUACAAGGCAAUAUGGAACGAACUAGAAAACUUCUUGAAAAGCAGCCUUUAUUCUGACAACCACAAGGUUGUGUACCAAUGCUUGUUGGAGUGUCACAAUUUCAAUAAUAUUGACGAAGACAAAUCGAGCGAAAAAUUGGAUUUUGAUGAGGCACUUAAUCAGCUUGACAAUAUCUCUACAGUCAAGGAUGAAAACGCUCAAAGAGCUUCAGUUAUUAGGGCUACAACUGAUAGUCCUAUGUCUCCACCGCCGUUGGCCAAUGUUCCUGCAUUCUCUUUACAAAACUCCUAUAAAGGCAAGACUUUGUAUGAUAUUUUUGAGAAUAUGGAAAAUGAAAAGAUUUGCAAUAGACCAGAACUGGCAGGAAGAAAGAUUGAGCAUUUUAGAUUGUACGUCGACCUUGACAGUGAUGGACAGGGGGGAUAUAGAAAUGAAGGACUCAUGGAUGCAGAGUAA